AUGCUCCCUGAGGCAGACGACCUCGAGGAAUCGGCCCCCUCGUCGCUCACCUCGGCGCAGUCCCACCAGGUCGGCGCCGGUGUGGGCAGGCUGCGCUCGCAGUAUCCCGCCGACGCGGUCGAGCGCCAUGUCGAGUACAUCCUGGUCGCAUCGUUCGACAUUGACCGCGGGUCGGUCAUGGAGAACCAGUACCCCGCCGCCAUCAGCGGAGACGAGACAACGCUGGCCGAGCUCAUGCUGCCGGACCAGGUGCAUUCGCGUGCUCAGGACUGGACCAUCUUCUUCCUUCACAAGGACACCACCACAGAAGAGGAGGAGAAGGAGGCGCGGAGAGAGCGCAGACGGAAGCGCAGACGGCGAAAAGAGGAGCAAGAGGGGCAAGAGGGGAAAGAGGGGCAAGAGGGGCAAGAGGAUGGCGAGGCUGAUGCUGACGAAGAGGGUGAGGACGGCGAUGAUGAGGACGGCGAUGAUGAUGGCGACGACGACACAGAGGCCACCAACGAGGAACAGGACCCUGAUGGCCCGCCGCUCGUCUAUGUCUUGAACUUGGUCAACACCAAGCAGGACAAUACCGUCAAGCGGGGAGCUGUCGUCAAAGCCAUGGCUAUCUGCACUCGACACUCGUUCCUACACAUCUACAAGCCGCUACUUUUGUUAGCGCUCGAGGAGUACUUUCGACACCCGGUCAUCGAGACGCUUGCCUCGCUCUACAACGCGCUCAAUACCAUGGACCUGUCGUUGUUGCCCAAGCUGUCCUCCCUGGAGAGCUUUGUGCUGCAUGCCGGUGACGCAAAAGACAUGUUCAUCGAGAAGUUCGAGCAGAUGAUACGGCAGCGCAAGGCAGCUGAUGCCGAGAGCGCCUCCCUGUCAUCCACAGACCCGCAGCCAAAGAGGAUCGCGUACAUUCUUCCACGAGACACACACGAGUUCGAGUCGAAGAUCAACUACAACGGCAUCCCUGUGCCUGUCAAAGUACCAUCUGCCCUCAGCCCUGAGACGGUGGGCGACUUCUCCCUCAUCAAGCUCAUCCAGACCUUCUCCACACCCCACUCGACUCAACCUCAGCCGUUCGCUCUACACCCACAUCUCACGACAAGCGGCGCAUAUACACAUCCCAUCAUCGUCCUUGUCAACGCGCUCCUGACACAGAAGCGCAUCAUCUUCAUCGGCCACAACCGGCCAUCAAGCGAAGUCGCCGAAGCUGUCCUUGCAGCAUGUGCGCUCGCAUCUGGCGGUGUCUUGCGAGGCUUUGUCCGCCACGCCUUCCCAUAUACCGACCUGACCAAAGUCGACGACCUCCUCAAAGUCCCCGGCUUCAUCGCCGGUGUCACCAACCCUACCUUCUCCUUCAAACCAGAGUGGUGGGACGUUCUAUGCGACCUCCCCACCGGCCGCAUGAAGAUCAGCAACCGCAUCGAAGCAGCCUCGCCAACCGACGGAUCUCUCUACUUCCAGCAACACGGCAUACCCGUCAGCGGUGCAGGCAGCGCAAUGAGCUCUGACAAGCAAGGCGGCGUAGACACGACUGGCGAUAACCAGUUUAUGGAAAGCAUGCUCCAAGCCAUAGCGAAUCGCCACGGCGAAAACGCUAUACGAGCGAAAUGGCGCUCCUGGGUUCUCAAGUUCACCCGCAUUACUGCGGCGUUCGAAGAGACCGUCUACGGCGCUUCAGCUUUGUACAUUGGCUCACACGAGACUGACGCCGGUGCAUAUGGUGUAUCUGGUCACGGCUACGUAUGGCCGGAUGAACACUCCCGGCUUCGCGAACUCGCUGCCAACGUACAUCGCAUAGAAGGGUGGCGCAGCACAAGAAGUUAUUACAGUUGCGUCCAGGAUCUUGCGAGGCACUGGAAUAAGAGACCAGUGCGCGGUAUCGACCUACACCAUCAACACGAUAAGUUGAGAUGCUUGAAGCUCACGCAUGAUCAGUCUGCGGCUAUCUACCUUGCGCUUGCGCGGUGUGUUGAGGAAGCUGGAUCGCCCAAUGCCAGUGCGUCGGGGCCUGAAGCUGAUCUUCCGAAUGCUAAGCAGCACCUUACACUCGCCAAUGAUCCUGAGAGGCGGCCGGGGGAAAAGUUGCAGUAUGAUACCAUCUUGCAGUUGCUGUGCGUUAUACCAGAGAGCAAUACUGGCCUUUUCUAUCUUAGCCUGGGGUUGUUCCAUCCGAGGCAGGAUGUCAGGAGGGCGGUGGUCAAAUUGUUGGAGAGAAUCAUGGAACAUCCGGCUGGAAGGUACUUUUGGAGCAGUCUCGGGCGGUUUGCUAAGUUGGCGUUCUUCAGGGUGAAGAGAGAGGAAGGCGGACCCCCUAAGUAGACCUGACCUAGAUGAUGAGGCAAGGCUGAACGUGGAGGGAUCCAUGACACUUAUGAGCCACCACGCGGAUGGGGCAAGGCUGUAACGCAACCUGUGAAGAAUCAAUAGCCCGCAAAGCACUCGCACC